GCCGCGCAUACCCUGUCCGCAUCACAGCUUCCUUCGGCCCUCUAAAUGGGUCGCCGCCCCGCAGGACAUUCGGGGGUGACGCUCGCCGCCGCCGCUGUGCCCGGCGUUUAGAGAGGGAGUGCGGGCGUGCCGGCCGUGGCAGCACCCCACCAUGCCGAGGUCCUUCCUAGUGAAGAGCAAGAAAGCGCACAGCUACCACCAGCCUCGCUCCGCCGACGAGGACUACAGCCUGCGGCUGGAGACGGUGCUAGCCCAGAUCUGUGCAGACGGCAAGAUCCCCGAGGAGACGGAGCUGUGCCGCACCGCCCUGCCCGAUCCCGAGCCUUCCCAGGGGCGCUUUUCUCCGGAAUCCCAUCUUACCGAGGCUGCAGAUGGAACCUCCGAGUCAGCGCCCAGCUGCGAGGGCAGUGUGUGUGACAGAGUGUCCGAGUUCGAGGAUUUCUGGAGACCUCCCUCGCCUUCUGUCUCGCCAGCCUCAGAGAGAUCUGUGUGUCCAUCCCUAGAUGAAGCACCCCCUUUCUCAGUGCCCUUCAAACCGUAUAUGUGGAACAGCCUGGGUGGCUCCGAGCUCAGGCACCUUGUGCAAAGCUACAGGCCCUGCCCGACACUGGAGCGGACCUCAGCCCUGGGGCUCUUCUGUGACCGAGGCUCCGAGCCCGCCCUCUAUGGCGCUGAGUGCAGCUCUUCCCUGGGACUGUAUGGUGACUUCAGCUCCCCGGGUCCGGGGCUGUUUGAGCAGCCGCCAGCAGCAGCUCCUGGACUCUAUGCCGAAACACAGCCUGGGCUGCAGCAGGAGAAGGGGCCAGGUGGCCUCAAAGUGGAGACUGACCUCUUGUGCCGCCCACUGCUCAUCAGCACUGGCUCUUACAAGUGUGUCAAGUGCAGCAAGGUCUUCUCCACACCGCAUGGCCUUGAGGUACAUGUGCGCCGCUCACACAGUGGCACGAGGCCCUUUGCCUGUGACAUGUGUGGCAAGACCUUCGGCCAUGCAGUCAGCCUGGAGCAGCACAAGGCCGUGCACUCACAGGAACGCAGCUUUGAUUGUAAGAUUUGCGGCAAGAGUUUUAAGAGAUCUUCUACUCUGUCCACCCACCUGCUCAUCCACUCAGACACCCGACCCUAUCCGUGCCAGUACUGUGGGAAGCGGUUCCACCAGAAAUCUGAUAUGAAGAAACACACCUUCAUUCACACAGGUGAGAAGCCUCACAAGUGCCAGGUGUGUGGAAAGGCCUUUAGUCAGAGCUCCAACCUCAUCACCCACAGUCGGAAGCACACAGGUUUCAAGCCCUUUGGCUGUGAUCUGUGUGGCAAAGGCUUCCAACGAAAGGUGGAUUUACGGAGACACCGGGAGACACAGCAUGGCCUGAAAUGAGUCCAAACUACAAUAUGGAAAACACCUACAACACUAUGAGAACAGACUCCUUUGGCUUCCCUGCUGGACCCAAGCCCUGUCUUGAACAUAGACCUGGCAUUACCUUUCUGAACAGGAGCUCAAAGAGGAAAGAAGAGGACAGAGCCAUGUGUUGCCAGCUCAACCUGAAUGACUGUGGAAGGGGAAAGUAAAGGCUGGGGUUUCUCUCUUUCUCUUCCCCUUGUUGUUUCUGAAAUAACACUGAAAUAUAAGCCUUUUAGAUAUAAAGCCUAAUACUCCAAAAAUGGAUAAGCUACUAAAUAUCUGCAAGCAGGAAAAUAUUUCUCCCAUGGCCAUGAUGAGCCCCUUCAAGUUUUCAGUAGCUUGAAUCAGCUGGCAGGGAAACAUGGGUAUAACAGUGUUUACAUGGGGUAAUGACAGAGAGCCAUCAGCAGCUGCCCUGGUUGAGUUCAGUGCUGAAUGGGUUCACUCUUGGAUGACUUCCUGUCAGGAAAACCUGGAGGAUCAGGUCCAGUGUGGAGUUUGACAUCUUGCUAUUUUUUAACCAAAGGUACCAACUUGGGACUGAUCCUGCUCUCACUUACUCUGGUGCAAAUCAGGAUCUGCAUUAACAGUUACAGAGAUGUCCUUGUUAUCCUCCCUGAGCCAUCUCUGUCUGUCCAAGGCCUGACUACCAGUGUGUUUGAAGAACGGAGGGUUACUUAUUCCUACAUCCACUAGGGAUAAGGAAGCUUGUGAAAGACCAGUGGAAAAGCCAAAGCACAGAAUUAUGCCUUAGAAAUAGAAA